AGAACUGCAAGGAGCUAUUAGCCAGAGGGCACCUCCUCUACCCCCCAUGACUGUAACGCUGACCGUGCUGUGUGACAUGGACACAGAUGGUGGAGGCUGGAUUGUAAGAACAGAGCAUAAUGAAGCUCUUCGGACACUUUUCUUCUUGCACAACGUGAGCUUAGUGGGUUUCAACAGUACCGAUAAACUCUCCAUUCUCCAAGGCUGCCCUGGAAUUCCAGGUGCCACAGGACCCAGAGGAGACUCAGGAAAUCCAGGAACGCGAGGACAACAGGGACCACAGGGGAUCGCUGGAAAGGUGGGAGUAACUGGCCCAAAAGGAGAAAGAGGUCCUGCUGGCCCCCCUGGAGUGAAAGGAGAUAAAGGAGCCCUGGGAGCUACGGGAGCCCCUGGAACAGCUGUGGAGGAAGUCCUGGAAGACAAACAGUGUAAGAAAGGAGCAAAGAACUGCAAGGAGCUGUUAGCUAGAGGGAAAAUCCUGAGCGGCUGGUACACCAUCUACCCCCGUGACUGUAACGCCAUGACCGUGCUGUGUGACAUGGACACAGAUGGUGGAGGAUGGAUUGUGUUCCAGAGACGGGUGGAUGGUUCUGUGGAUUUUUACCGUGACUGGAAUUCAUACAAAAGAGGUUUUGGCAGCCGGCUGUCAGAAUUCUGGCUGGGGAAUGACAAUAUCCAUCUGUUAUCAUUCCUUGGUCCCCAGGAGCUUCGCGUCGAUCUCAGAGAUUUUGACGACAACUAUGUAUUUGCUUCCUUCUCGUCAUUCAGAGUUUCAGGAGAGGCUUCAAAAUACAUGCUAUUCAUUGGACCCUUUGUUAAUGGCACUGCAGGGGAUUCCUUAACUAACCACAACGGCAUGAUGUUUUCAACCCACGACCAGGACAAUGACGUAUCUGAGUGGAGCUGUGCUCUAGCCUUUAAAGGGGCCUGGUGGUACGGAGCAUGUCAUUCGGCCAACCUCAACGGAUUAUACCUGAAAGGAGCCCAUGAAAGCUAUGCUGAUGGGGUGAACUGGCAGACAGGCAAAGGGCACUGGUAUUCCUACAAGAGGGCAGAGAUGAAAAUGAGGCCCGUGUAGCUAGUCAGGGAGGCAAUUGUAAUAAUUAUACUUAGCUCUUAUUUAGCAAUUAUAGGCCUGUCAUAAUGAACAUUAAUCUGCAGAUGACAAUAAAGAUCUUUUCUUUAUCCACCCGCCACCAGGGGGCAGACAUCAUCGUACACACUUAUCCAGCGCAGGGCACAAGGACUAGAGCUGGUAAAAAAAAAAAAAAAAACAAAAAAAAACAUAAGAAUAGUUUUGUGGGGAAAAGAUUGAAUUUUAAAGUGGUUUGCAGUUCAAAGGAUUCUAAAUUAACCCAGUUUUGAUUUUGUGUGUUUAUUUUUUUAAAUUCCUCUCCCUGAUAUAUAGUAUCUGAAAAUGUUAGUUUAUUUUCUCGUUUACCAAAAUCCUGAUUUUCUAUAAAGAAAAUAAGUGGUCAUUGACACGAGAAUAUUUAGAAUAAAAUAAAAAAUAGAAUGAAAAUAGAAUUGCUGAAAACAUUACAAUAUAUAUGAUUUUUUUCCUGCCAAACAAAACAUUACAACCACAUCAAUGACAUUUCCUGAACAUUUUCAUAUGUUUUCUCAAAAGCUGUUUGUCCACAGAAAAACUCCUAGUUUGAAAAAUGUCAGCCAGCUCUGUCUGGGUUAUGUCUCCUCUCCUACAUGACUCUGCUGUCGCUUGAUUCCAUUCCCAGAAGCACCACAGACAGCUCCUACCGCUGCCAUGCAAUUCUUCCUGUGGUGUUAGUGACUCACUACCCUCAGAUGCUGCCUCUGCCUCUGGAGAACC